UUGUUUACCUUUCCAUUUAGGAAGGUUCAGAAAGUGCUUCUAGACUCGUCGCGUGAUUCAAACAGCCCCUUCCUCGGCCUUGCAUUCAAACUAGAGGCCAGCCGCUACGGUCAGCUGACCUACACCCGUGUCUACCAGGGCUGUCUGAAGCGCGGUGAUAGUCUGAAGAACACGCGUACAGGCAGACGCCUGCGUGUUCCUCGGCUCGGUCGCAUGAACGUGGACACCUUCGAGGACCUGGAGGCGGUCUACGCGGGUGACAUUGCGGCCCUCUUCGGUGUCGACUGCUCCUCCGGGGACACCCUGGUGGCCGUCAAUUCCCCUAUGGAAAAGUGCUCAAUGGAAUCAAUGUUCAUUCCCGAGUCAGUCGUUUCCAUGUCCAUCACACCGGUGGACAAACACAACGUCGAUGCCUUCAGCAAAGGUCUUGCCCGCUUCACAAAAGAAGACCCAACUUUCCGGUUGAAACAUGAUGUUGAGAGUGGACAGGCCCUUGUCUCCGGCAUGGGUGAACUUCAUCUGGAAAUCUAUGCUCAGCGUUUGGCCCGCGAGUACAAUGCACCCUGUAUUCUUGGCAAGCCGAAGGUAGCUUUCCGUGAGACCCUUCUGGAACCAGUAGAGUUUGACUACUUGCACAAAAAACAGUCGGGUGGUGCCGGCCAAUUUGGCCGUGUUACCGGCAUCCUCGAGCCCCUACCGGCGGAGAUGAAUACUCAAGUACAGUUCUCAGACGAGACCGUGGGCACCAACAUUCCCAAAAACUACGUCCCCGCCAUUGAGACCGGGUUCCGCAAUAUCUGCGAAAAAGGCGGUUGUUUGUGUGGUGCCAAGGUG